GCCAGAGUCAAGCAGCACAACUGGGUCUACACCGGAAUAUCUCACAAAAACAGGGAACAAGAAAGAGACCACAGACAAGGAAAUCUUGAAAUGGACCUUAAAUGGAAAAUUAUCAUCAUCAUCAUAUUUAUAGCUUUUCCAAUCAUUGCGCUGGUUACAUAUGAAGUAAAAGUUGGAUUUAGGAAAAAUUACAUGAGCCUUGAAACCAAUGCUUUUGAUGACCAGUAUAAAGGCUGUGAAACAGAGAUGAUGAAGAAUGCAGAAUAUCUCUUGGCUAAAGAAAGAGAAAAAGACACUGAUUUAAAUAAUGUGUGGAAGGAAGCAGAGAAGAAAUGGAACACCCUUCUUCCAAGAUUCACUUUGAGGCCAAUUGAUAAGCCUUUUAAAAUUGCUAUCAUUGCCUACACCAACCUUGAGAUUCCAUUUUAUAAGAAAUUUAAUAACGCAGUCAGAACAUGCUGUAAAUCUAGAAAUGAUUACAUGGAAAAUUUCCAUUUCAAAGCUUUCCAUUUUUAUUUGACACGAGCUGUCCAAAGUCUGGCAGCACCAUGCAAGACUGUGUACAGGGGCACAGCACUGAAAUUCUAUCCUGAUAAGACGGGCAAAAUGCGCUUUGGCCAAUUUGCCUCAUCAUCUAUGGAUAUAAAUGUGGCCAAAAAUUUUUCAGGGGACUCCGGAACACUCUACAACAUAACCAGUUGUUUUGGGGCUUCCAUCCAACAUCUAUCAUAUGAAGAAUCACAAAAGGAAGUGCUGAUCCCACCAUAUCAGGUCUUCAGUGUCUCCACUUUUGAAUCCAGUUUCCUUGGCCUCCACACAGUCAGCCUAAAGUAUAAAGAUGUCUGUAGUAACUUUAACUGCGCAUACCUAGGAGGAGAGAAGAAGAACAACUGUGUUUCCGAAUCUGAUCUUGGAAUAUAACCCAGACACCUAACUCCCCUGCCAUUGCUUGGCCUUGUCAUUCUGCAACUACAGGAAUGGAUCUACCUCUAGACAGGGCUCUGACUGUACCUCAAGCUCACAUAGGAUUUUCUUAGCACUGUGGACUGUAAGACUGACUAAUUAUGAGGCAAGUUGGGGAAGGGGAUUGUUCUGGAUGUAGUCCAGAGAUUCUUAACCUUCUUUAUGUCCUGACUUCCAGUCUGAUAAGGUCUAUGAAUCUCUUCUCAGAAUAAUACCUUUAAAUAGAUGAAAUAAAAUAUAUAAGACUACAAAGGAAACCAUUUAUAUUGAAAUACUGUAGUCAGAUCAAAUUUUUUUUAAUUUACUGAAGACUUGUAUGAACUCAUAUGGAAUCAAGUUGGCAGACCCGGAAGAAAAGUUUAUAUAAUGACAAUGUUUUAAAGCCAAAUAACUUUGAAAGAUUUAGGAACUCUUGUCAGUAUGAUAGCCCAACGUGAUUCUACAGUACUCAGAAUGAAACAUACUACGCUCCUUCAAAUACAGAUGUGAACUAAGAAGGCAAAAUGAGACUUUUGUGGGAGUUGGGAGGACUUCAACAAUGCUAAAAGUUCUGUUGCUUAACUAUACAUAUUUGUUACUGGGUUUUUUGCUUCGUUUCUUAUUUUUGUUUUUGUUUUUUUUUUCCCUCAUUUCGAAGGGGUUAAGGGAUAGGAUUAGGAGAAAGUAUGUGUGUUUUUUUUUUUAAAUUUAACAAAUAUAAAAAGGAUUUCUCUCAGUCUCUAAGAAAGGCACACUGAGGUUAUCUCUUAUUAUAUUAUUUCUCUGUAAUUAGAUUAGUGUUUCUUUUCAAUGUAUGCUUACUAUGCAAUUCCAUGCUUAUGUAACAAAAAUAAAUAAAUUCACAAACUUCAA